AUGAGACCGAGCAAACAAGCAUUCGACAUGAUUCCUAGCGACGCCCAAGCGAACCAAGGGCACCAUAGCAACAGCCUGCGAGAUGUCUUAGAGACAAGUGACCCUCUUUUUAACAUCUGCUGGAGCCGACAGUCCUGCUCAUCGUGCCUGGCAGGUGAUGUGGCCUGCAGUUGGUGCGCCAUUGUAUGUAACGCCAUUCACACUUCUCAGUCUGCACACCUUUUAGUGGAAUUCUGGUGGAAUCUGGCUCUCUUUCCAGUUUCCAGUACUUUCUUUUUGUUCCGCGCAUUGCAUUCUCCCCUGACCUUGUUUCGUAUCCCCGAUCCCUUGCAUUCCAAUGGUGUUUCAAUCCUUCCCCUCCCAACUUCUCGAGAUCGCCACAUUAUUGCACUAAUGCCCUCGUCCACCUGUGUUCCCAAUACGGCUCGUCUACCCAUCUUAGCCCCCCUCCGCUCCACCCAUAUCUGCCCACUUGGUGCUAAGGAACGAUGGGAGCUGAGGGCACUGCCUUUUGGGUGUAGUGUGAGUACUACGACUCUCUUGAGCACUGCAGUUGCCGCGUUGAGUACAGUCGCCUUGAUCGGCGUUGUUUAUUUGGUCAUUGGAAUUGUCCAACGGGCACGCAGCAGGUGGAAAGAAGCAGAGCAUGGGCGUUUAGAUGACCAGGAACGAGAGUCCUCC